CAGACGGAGCCCGGACGGACCCGGAGGAAGAUCCGAGUGUUUGCGGCCGUGCUGCCCCACCCCUGGUCCCGGCGCGCGUAGAGGGGCCCGGCCGGGCUGCAGCGAGGGUCCCAGGAGGUUGAAAGCUAAGCAUGGGGAAGAGCUGCAAGGUGGUCGUGUGCGGCCAGGCUUCUGUGGGCAAAACUUCAAUCCUGGAGCAGCUUCUGUAUGGAAACCACAUAGUGGGUUCUGAGAUGAUUGAGACGCAGGAGGACAUCUACGUGGGCUCCAUUGAGACUGACCGGGGGGUGCGGGAGCAGGUGCGUUUCUACGACACCCGGGGGCUCCGAGAUGGGGCUGAGUUGCCCCGGCACUGCUUCUCCUGCACUGAUGGCUAUGUCCUGGUCUACAGCACGGACAGCCGAGAGUCCUUUCAGCGCGUGGAGCUGCUCAAGAAGGAGAUUGACAAAUCCAAAGACAAGAAGGAGGUCACCAUCGUGGUCCUCGGCAACAAGUGUGACCUGCAGGAGCAGCGGCGUGUAGACCCGGAUGUGGCCCAGCACUGGGCCAAGUCGGAGAAGGUGAAGCUGUGGGAGGUGUCGGUGGCUGACCGCCGCUCACUGCUGGAGCCCUUCGUCUACCUGGCCAGCAAGAUGACCCAGCCCCAGAGCAAGUCUGCCUUCCCUCUCAGCCGCAAGAACAAGGGCAGUGGCUCCUUGGAUGGCUGAAGAGCUGCCUUGCCAGCCCUGGAAGAUGGGUUGAGGGGAAAGGGAGGGGGGGUUUUAGGCAAGCUGUCCUUCCCAGUCAAGGGGGGAGCUCCCCACUAGGCCAGGCAGCUGGGCUGUCCCAGGCUCAGGUCACUUUUGCUCCCUCCCAACUCUGGGAAAUGCAAAUAGUCUAGGUUAGCGGCCCCCAAGCCCCCCAGCCCCCAUCCUGCUGUAUCCUAACAGCAAUGGAAAGCCAUUGAUAGGAUUUAUGCCAGCGAAGUGACAUGAUCAGUUUUUGCUUUUAAGCAGGUCUAGGGUGGUUUUGGAUCUCUGUCCCUUCUACCAGCCCUGGACAGAAAGCAGAGCUGUGUGUGGAAGCGCCCAGUCUAGGGUCUGAUUCCUAUCGCAGGGGUCUUACACCUCCGGGUUUCCUGCCAAUCUCACACACACACACUCACACGCUUACGGCACCAGCCUGGACUCUAGAGAAAGGGCAUCCAGGUAUCUCGUUUGUGUGUGUGUGUGUGUGUGUAGAUGUGCACACGUAUGUGUGCUGGUGUUCGGGGCGCCUCCUCAUCCAACACCCUGACCUCUCUCCUGUCCUCUCCUGGGCUGAAAGAAGCUAGCCUCCUGGGAGCAUAAUUUUCUGUUUCAACUCUUCCUCCAGCUGCUUUGCUUCCUCUUCCUGCUCAGGGAGCAUUUCCUUGGUUGAGGUGGAAUGGAAUGCCGACUGGGCUGGGAGUCACCAGCUGGCUUUGUGGCCCUGCGAGGCCUUUCCCCUCUCGGGGCUUCAGUCUUCUCAUCUGUAAGGUGACGGCAGUUGCUUAGAUGAUCUAGAUCCUCUCCAGCCCUGUGUGGGUUGUAUACUGCCCAUGGUUGGGCUGGCUGCGACUGUUCCCUUAGCUUCUCCCCUUUCAAGGUGCUAUGCCUACGGCCCUGGAGGCUGGGACACUGCUCCCCGCCCCCCAACCACCAGGGGGCAGGAGUGCACUACCCACUCUAGUUGCCAGAGUGGCUGCCCAGUGCCCGAUCAGCGGACCUCACAGCCCUGGGGACUGGUCGUCACCCUUUCCUAUGGUUGUUUUCAGCUGAAAGCUGGACUUCUAUUUAUGAAUUACCUGUGUUUAUCUGCCUGCCACCAUGAUGGAGGCUGGGCAAGGUGCUCGUCUAGCCCUCCCUUCUUACCUCAGAUGCCUGAACAGAAUAAAGCCGACCAAUAGCAGCUUCUCAGGAGCUGCCAGAUCUCUGGGGGCUCAGAAGGGUGGUUACGCUUCCAACACUCUGUAAAGUGAGCUGGUAACCCACAACUUCCCAUGCCCACUUCGUGCUUCUGAUGUACACACCUAGCAUACGUGAAGACACUACAGCCAGGUGACCUCCAGUACACGCCCCUUCUCCCCAAGAUGGGAGAGGUGAGCAGGGUCAGGUGGCCCAGGCUGGGCGAGUUAGGGCGUGUACAGGCUUGGGCUUAAAUUGAUUUAUUGAUGCAUUGGACACAAUAAAACCACAACUGUUAUCAAAAA